AUGGCAUCCUGCCCACUACUGCCAAUCGAGCGUAAACACUGGUCACCAAAGGCUAAAGCUGGUAACAGGAGAUCACAGAGCAAAUCCCCCUCAGCCUCAGCAUCACCCAAGAGUCCUCAAGUUGAUCGAGCACAGUUGCCAGUACAGCUUUCCGAGUCCAAAACGCCAAGCCCCAAGCGGGGAUCUCCUCAAGCAAGCCCAGUAAGCUCGCCUAUGCCAGCACCUUCCUCAUCGUCUCCGCCGUCCUCGCCUUCAACUUCUCCCACCCCAUCGCCAGAGAAGCCUCCGAAGGGUGGAAGGAAAGGUGCCCCCCCCAAGGGGCUAGGGAAGGGCAAAGACAAAGGCAAAGGAAAGUCUGAGAAGGGCGCCAAGGCAGAGCCCAGGAAGCCAGAUGUCAAGCCUGGGGUGCAAGUCAAGAAGCUAUUCUGGAAUUCCUUCCGUAUUGACAGUGCUCAGAACACGGUGUGGAAUGCGAUCGAAGAAGAAGGAGCACAGAUUGACACAAAGCAGCUUGAGACGUUGUUUUGUGAUGAGCCCCAGCGGGGCUUUCAUCGCUUUGCUUCGCCCUCGCCAGAGGGUGAUCGACCAACUGUGAAGCGGGUUCAGGUUGUAGACACUCAGCGACGGCGUCAAGUCUGCGUCAUGCUCGCAAGGCUCCCACCCCCGCCAGUUGCGGCAAGGGCCCUGCUCCACAUGGACAGCGCUGUUCUGAACACAGAGCAGGUAGAGUUACUUCAUUCAAAUUUGCCUUCAGAAGAUGAAAUCAAACUUCUUCGAAAGGCAAAGGCUGACCACACUAUCGACGAGUUACACAUUUGGGACACUGCUGAAGACUUCCUGCUUGCCCUUAUCGCAGUGCCGCAGUUUGAGGUGCGCCUACGUGCCUGGCACUUCGAAAACUCGUUUGAAGAACGUUUUGACGCACUUGCAGAUGGACUCAGAAGUGUGCUGCUGGGAUGUAGUUCUGUGCUGGAUUCUCGCUGCAUUCGGCACCUUCUUGGCAUAGUCUUAUAUGCGGGAAAUUAUUUGAAUGGUGGCACGCCUCGCGGCCGAGCUGAUGGUUUUGCCUUGGACACGCUCCCCAUCAUGAGGACCGUCAAGAUGUCACAGGGGGAUCGCCCUGGGACGCUGGUAGAUUACGUCACUGGACAGAUGGAGAGACGGCAUCCCGGAGAUCUUCGUACAGUAUUUGCGCAAGGCGGUGAGUUUGAGAUUCUGACGCGAGCUGCCCGGCACAAGGUGCCUGACCUUGCAGACGAGCUGAGGAAGUUUCGCAGCCAGGCCGAGCAACUCCACAGCCGGCUACAAGGGGUAGGUGGCAGCACGUUGAAGGUGCACACGGGCAAUGAUCCUGCUGAGGCUAACUUGGCGGCAGGUUCUUCACCUGCGGAUGUGGACGAUAUUCUCUUGAGCCGUGGGCACUUGCUUCAGACUCGAAUCGAGCAGCUGCAGAAUCUGGAAGCCGAACUGAAGCUAAUCGAGGAGAAGUACGAGGAGAUCGUGAUUUGGUUUCACAUGGAGGAGAGGGGCGUACGAAAACCUAUAGACGAGUUCUUUCACAUUUGGGACAAGUUCUUGAGGGAUGUCCAGGUGGCGCACAAGGCACACGAGCAGCAAGAGUUGAAGGAGAAGCGGAAGUCGUCCAUGCCGCCUCGGCGGGCAACAAUGCAUGCGCCACGUGAGAAGGAGCGCGGCGAUCGUCUCCGCAGCCUCACACCGCGACGUUCACUGAAGGACGGUUUCAGCAGUGCUGAGGGAGCAGUUGAGGACGCGCCGUCUUCAAACUUAUCGAACGCACGACCCAGAUUUGCCAGCCACGCGGACCUGAGUCGAGAGCACCGAGCCCAAUCUGUUGAGCAGGCUGAGGCUGACGUCUUGGCUCAGCAGACGUUUGCAGGAAGUAGGGAUGCGGAACUUGCAUCUCUGGCGCAAGAAGUGCCCCAUCAAAGAGAGAGCGCAUAA